AUGGCUCUUUCAAUUUCACGCCCAAAGGUCUCUUUCUUUACCCAAGGUCGAAGGCUACCUCAUAGACAUUCCUACAUCAUCGUCGACCAAUGUUAUGUUCAAUACAAGGCAUCUCCUUCCCCCAAGCCCAAAGCGCCACCUAUAUUAUUCAUACACGGGGGCGGCCUCUCAGGAGCUCAAUGGGAGUCCACACCGGAUCUUAGGCCCGGCUGGUCAUGCCUAGGAAACGAUCAAGGCUACGACACCUACCUGCUUGACACAGUCGACAAUGGUCGGUCUGCCAGGGCGCCGGAUCAUAUACGCCCAGACGCGCAUAUCGAGCACCGCACGGCAAAGGAGCUAUGGACAAACUUCCGUUUUGGAGAGGCCGACAAGUUCGAUUCGAGAAAGCCAUUUAACGACGGCCAAUUUCCGGUCGAGCAUUUAGACGCGCUGGUUGCGAGCCAGACGUCGCGGAGGCGAACCAACGACCAAGCGGAAGCGAGGGGGAUCGUGGACGUUUUAGCUAAAAUUGGAGAAUGCUGGCUUAUCGCCCACAGUCACGGCGCCGCACUCGUCAUGGAUGCCCUCGGCAAUCCUGCGCUCAGGACAACGGUUCUAGGCAACGUGAAGCGCAUGGUGCUGGUAGAGCCCGGAGGGACGAGCUCGGCCAAAAAUUUAACCCAGGAAAUACCGACGCUCGUGGUGUGGGGCGACUAUAUUGACGACCACGACAGGUGGCCGAAGAUCAUGAAGCCAUUCAAGACGUCCAGUGCAAAAAUGCUCAGAUUACCCGAUCUGGGGAUCAGGGGAAACAGUCAUUUCCCGAUGAGCGAUAAGAACAGCGAUCACGUGUUCAAGAUUGUGUUGGAUUGGCUCGAAAAGUGAAACCGUUGUAUUGAAUUUGCGAUACUAUGGAGGUAAUGACUGUCUUGCGACAUUCCAAUUCCAGGCCGUGUUAGAAUGGCUUGGAUAUAGCACACCCUUCUGCUGUUGAAAGCGGAGGGCCAAAUCGAUCACCUUAACCGUAGCUCGAAAGCAAGUAUGGAGAUCAAGGAAAGAAUGAAUUAAAU